UUAGAUCAUUCAGUACAGUACUUCCUUGUGACUUAUGUGUUCUGUAUUUUAUUUUGCAGUCACCACGGCUACUUUAAGGGAGUUAAGUGUUGUUCUGUUUCUCAUCUGAGCUAGGAGUCUUGUGAGUUUGGACAACUGGUGUAGCGCGGUACUAGUGAAUGUUCUAUUUCUUAUGCAAGCGACUAUCACUCAGUAUACAAGUACUCUUCAACGGUUGAUAAAGGCUCAAAUAUUAGUAUAUAAGAGACCUCUCUCUUGCAGUUGGAAUAGUGUGAUUAUCUUGACUUAUUAAGUAUACACACAUACGCUGUCAAGAAUGCAGACUGUUGUGGUUUUAGCGUGCCUUCUCGGGGUGGCGGGGCUUGCCAGCGCCCACUUGUGCCUUGUGGAACCAAAACAGCGAGGCUCCAUUAUGGGGCUAGACAAAGCAGGGUCUGACGACUGUAUCCUACUGAAAGGACCAUGCGGAGGUCGUGCAUUGGAAGAACCAAGAACCAUGUUCAAGGAGGGCGGAAACUACACCGUGAUUUUCCAGAAAAACCUUGACCACUGGGUCAAGGCCACACCGGGCUAUUUCUCCGUCAGCCUGAUGCAGGGACCCACGGUGAAAGCGCUGAACCAAAUAACUGACAUGGGAGAACCUUCCUUGACACUGUACACGGCCAGUGGACAAAUGCCAUUAGGAAUGAAGGGCAAGGCCGUCCUCCAAGUUCAAUACGUUCCAAAGAACCCACAGGCACCCGCCGUCUUCUAUCAGUGCUCAGACAUCAUGAUCCAUUAGGGGAACUGAUUUGGCAGACAAUUUGCUCAAUGUCAUAAUGUUGUUUAAUGAUAUACGUGGUGGCUAUGCUUUGUAUACUUUAAUACAUAUGUGUUAACAUUAGCGGCAUAUGCACAAUAUUGUAAUUUACUCCUUUCUUGUAGAAUAUUGCUAUAUUGUCCGUUGCUCUUGUUUUUCUACAGUUUAAAUUUCAUAUGUUAUUAUUUGUUACUAUUUUGGACUGAAAAUAAAAAAGAAAUAUGU